UCCAAACUCGUCAUAUCACUCCCUCUAGUCGCCGAUCAAAAAAAAAUAUCACUCCCUCUAGUUUUGUUAUUAUAUACUAGUUGUUUUUGAUAAUUGAGCAAAAGAGUUAACUAUGGCAACAAGGGGUCUUCAUCACUUGAGCUUUCUAAUCUUGGCCUGCAUUUUGUCUAGCACAGAUUGUGCAAAACAGAGUUAUGAGUCAGCGGAGACGCUCAACCGGAGCAGUUUUCCAGCUGGUUUUGUAUUCGGAGCGAGUUCGGCUUCAUAUCAGUCUGAAGGAGCAGCAUUCCAGGAUGGUAGGGGACUCAGCAUAUGGGAUACCUUCACUAACAAUUAUCCAGAGAAAAUAGACGACCACAGUACAGGGGCCGUAGCGGAUGAAUUUUAUUAUAGCUACAACUACAAGAAAGACAUACUUCUGAUGAAAAAUAUUGGGUUAGAUGCUUUCAGAUUUUCCAUAUCAUGGCCUAGAAUAUUACCUAAGGGGAAAAUCAGUGGGGGAGUGAAUCGUCUAGGUGUCCAAUUCUACAAUAAUCUCAUCAACGAAGUUUUAUCACACGGUUUACAGCCCUAUGUGACACUAUUUCACUGGGAUCUUCCUCAAGCCCUCGAUGAUGACUAUGGUGGAUUCUUAAGCCCUAAAAUUGUGGAUGAUUAUCUGGACUAUGUCGAUUUUUGUUUCACUACAUUUGGUGACAGAGUGAAGCAUUGGUUGACAUUGAAUGAGCCAUAUGAGUUUACUGUAUAUGGAUAUGGAUCUGGUAUCUAUGCACCUGGUCGAUGUUCUGAGUAUAUUGGAAAUUGUACAUCUGGCAACUCUGCAACUGAACCUUAUAUAGUUGGCCACCACCUAAUCCUUUCUCAUGCAGCUGCUGUAACAUUGUACAGAGAAAAAUAUAAGGUUUCUCAAAAGGGUGAAAUUGGGAUUACAUUAUCAUCCAAGUGGAUUGUUCCAUUUUCAAAAAAUACAGCCAACCAAAAGGCUGCCCAAAGAGCCCUUGAUUUCAUGUUGGGAUGGUUUUUACAUCCAAUGACAUAUGGUGACUAUCCCAAAAUCAUGAAGUCUUUGGUGGGGAAUCGAUUGCCCAACUUCACAGAGUUAGAGUCUCAGAUACUAAAAAACUCUUAUGAUUUCCUCGGAAUAAAUUACUACACGUCAUUUUAUGCAGCUAAUGCUGUCUUCUUUAAUAUUUCAAAAUUAAGCGUUACGACAGAUAAUCGUGUUAUAAAUUCUGAUGUGAAAAAUGGAGUUCCCAUUGGUGAACCGACUGCUUUGAGCUGGCUUCAUAUAUGUCCAAAAGGAAUUGGGAAGGUUGUGCUUUAUAUAAAACACAACUAUGGCAAUCCACCUAUUAUCAUCACUGAAAAUGGUGUUGCUGAAGCAAACAAUCCAACUUUAUCACUUAAAGAAUCGUUAGAGGACGAGCUGAGGAUAACCUACCAUUACGAGCAUCUAACUUAUCUUUUGAAAGCUAUCAACUACCAUCGCUGGUGGCUGGGGUUUCAUAUCGCAGAUUGCGAUCGCGAUGGCGACAACCAACGCGAUGGCGGUAGGAUGAGGAUCACUCUGGUUUGAGAUCGCAGAUGUGAUGAAAAGGGGCUGAUGUGAAAGGGUAUUUUAUAUGGUCAGUCAUGGAUGAUUUUGAGUGGGCACUUGGUUAUACGGCUCGUUUUGGGAUCACUUUUGUGGACUACGAGCAUGAUUUGAGAAGAUACCCCAAAGACUCUGCUAUUUGGUUCAAUAAGUUCCUCCAAGGCAAAUAUUUAAUCUCUAGGUCCUCUGCAUUUGGGUUAAUUGAAAGAGAGUAUUUUUCAUAACUAGCACAUAUGCUUCUUUUGUAUGAGUUACUCUUUGAAAUAUCAUAUCAUUAUAUCUCUACAUGCAUAAUUAUUAGAUCUUUUAUUUA